AUGGAGAAAACCAGCUUCAACAUUGCUGCUCUAGUGUUGUUGGUGGUGAAUCAUUCAAUGUUUUGCUUGGCUAUGACUAACUUAACCACAGAUCAAUCUGCUCUUAUUGCCUUUAAAACCCAUAUCAUCAGCUCUCAUCAUCCCCACAAUCUUCUGGCCGAUAACUGGUCCACUUCUAGCUCUGUUUGUGACUGGAUUGGAGUCUCCUGUGGGAUAGGCAUAGGCCAACAGGAGAGGGUCACAGCAUUGAAUCUUUCAGAGAUGGGUCUCACAGGCACCCUCUCUCCACAACUGGGUAAUCUUUCAUUCCUUACCUUGCUUGACCUUAGUUUCAACAGUUUCCAUGGAUCUAUACCCGCCGAGUUGGGCCAUCUGCAUCAACUAAAAGAGAUUAAUUUGGGGAACAACAACUUCAGUGGAGGAUUACCAUCUUGGUUUGGGGCCUUACCACAACUACAGAACUUACUUCUUCCCAACAACAGUUUCACAGGCAACAUUCCAACAUCACUGUGCAACAUUUCAAAGUUGGAGACAUUGAAUAUUGGGUACAAUAUUCCUCGGCUCCGACGUCUUCAUCUUUCCUUCAAUCGCCUUGACGGACAAAUUCCAUCCGUUUUAUCUCAAUGCAGGGAUCUUCAGGAUUUACGUUUGUCGCAUAAUGAAUUUAAUGGCAGCAUACCUCGAGAAAUCGGCAACCUGACCAUGCUCAAUGAAUUGUAUAUUGGAUAUAACAACUUAGAAGGUGAAAUUCCAUCGGAGAUUGGUCAGCUUGUCAAUUUGGAGGAAAUGAGUUUAUAUAGUGCAUCUCUUACGGGGCAUAUACCAUCUGUUAUCUUCAACAUCUCUUCAUUGAAAAGAAUUUAUCUCGGAAACAAUAGCUUGUCUGGAAAUUUGCCCCUGAACCGUCAUUGUGAUCUCCCUUUUCUUGAAGAGCUAUAUCUUAAUUCGAAUCAACUUUCUGGCCAAUUUUCGCCUGGCUUAUGGGAGUGUAGAAGCCUUCAAAUUCUGGCUCUGUCAACAAAUAAUUUCGCAGGCAGCAUAUCUAACAAGAUUGGGAACCUUACAUUACUUGGAGAGUUAUACCUUGGAGAGAACAAGUUGACAGGUGAAAUUCCAUCGGAGAUUGGUCAGCUUGUCAAUUUGGAGAAAAUGAGUUUAUAUAGUGCAUCUCUUACGGGGCAUAUACCAUCUGUUAUCUUCAACAUCUCUUCAUUGAAAAGAAUUUAUCUCGGAAACAAUAGCUUGUCUGGAAAUCUGCCCCUAGACCGUCAUUGUGAUCUCCCUUUUCUUGAAGUGCUAUAUCUUCAUUCGAAUCAACUUUCUGGCCAAUUUUCGCCUGGCUUAUGGGAGUGUAGAAGCCUUCGAAUUCUGGCUCUGUCAACAAAUAAUUUCGCAGGCAGCAUAUCUAACAAGAUUGGGAACCUUACAUUACUCAGAGAGUUAUACCUUGGAGAGAACAAGUUGACAGGUGCAUUACCAGAAGAAAUUGGGACCCUUAAUCUUGAGACAUUGAGCAUUAGCAGUGCAAGCUUAACUGGCUCAAUUCCCUUUCAAAUCUUCAACGCAUCAAGAGCAAAGGUCAUUGACCUGGCUGACAAUCAGCUCUCAGGUUACCUUCCAUCUUUCCUUGGCCUCAGGCUUCCCAAUCUUGAAAAGCUUUACCUAGACCGUAAUAAACUCAGUGGGAUUAUCCCAGGCUCUAUUGGCAAUGCCUCCAAGCUUACAAUGCUAGAGAUGAGGGACAACUCAUUUAGAGGCUCCAUACCCGAUACAGUUGGUAAUCUAAGGCUCCUGGAUUGUCUCGAUCUUUCUGAAAAUAAUCUGACCAGGGAGUCUUCUACUCUUGAAUUAAGGUUUUUUACAUCUCUAGCAAAUUGCAGACGUUUAAAACAUCUGGUAAUAUCAUUAAAUCAAUUCAAUGGCAUCAUCCCUGCUUCAAUUGGCAAUCUCUCCACUUCGCUUCUGGAGUUGGAAGCAUUUGGUUGCAAACUUAUGGGGGAGAUUCCCAGUGGCAUUGGUAACUUGAGCAGCUUGGGGUUCAUAAGGUUAGAUAGCAAUGAAUUGACAGGCUUUAUCCCAAGAACAAUUGGAAGGUUGCAGCACCUGCAACGCUUGCAUCUUGAUCACAAUAAGCUGGAAGGAUUCAUUCCCAAUGAUUUUUGUCGGUUGAAUAAUUUGGGAGAGUUGUUUCUAAGCGAUAAUAAGCUCUACGGACAGAUACCCCCAUGCUUGGGUGAACUUAAAUCCCUAAGACAGAUCUACUUGGAUUCCAACAAUUUGACUUCUGCAAUUCCUUCAACCUUGUGGGGCCUUAAAGAUCUCGUUGGUUUAAGUCUAUCCUCAAAUUCUCUUAGUGGCUAUAUACCACUUGAUGUUGAGCAUAUGAAGGUAAUAACAGAAUUAGACUUGUCUUGGAAUCAGUUAUCGGGCAAUAUCCCAAGUACCAUUGGAGGAGCACAAACAUUAGAAAUUCUCUCCUUGGCACAAAAUAACCUACGAGGGCCUAUUCCCGAGUCACUGGGAAACUUGAUCAACUUGGAAUUUUUGGAUCUCUCCAAUAACAAUUUAUCUGGAGGCAUUCCUACCUCAUUAGAGGCACUCAGGUAUCUUCAGUAUUUAAAUGUGUCCUUCAAUAGAUUGCAAGGAAAAAUUCCCACUGGAGGACUUUUUGCAAACUCCACAGCUCAAUCAUUUAUGCACAACUAUGGACUGUGUGGUGCCCCUAGAUUGCAAGUCCCACCAUGCAAAACUAGAAGCCUUCAGUAUCGAAUUCUGCAAGUACUGAAAUACGUUUUACCUGUACUUGCAUCUAUAAUUCUUGUGGUGUCGGUUCUCAUACUUGUUUGGCUAAGAAAUCGAAAAGUCAAAACACAAUCACAAACUCCAGAAGAUUCACGCCCUGCUGAGUGGAGAGUGGUCUCAUAUCAAGAACUCUACCGGGCAACAAAUGGGUUCGGUGAAAGCAGCCUACUUGGUAAUGGAGGUUUUGGUCGUGUAUAUGAAGGAACACUGUUGAAUGGGAUGAACGUCGCUAUCAAGGUCUUCAACCUGCAAAUAGAAGGAGCAUUCAAGAGUUUCGAUGCUGAAUGUGAAGUAAUGUGCAAAAUCCGCCAUAGAAACCUCGUCAAAAUCAUUACCAGCUGCAGUAAUGUGGAUUUCAAAGCGUUGGUCUUGGAGAAUAUGCCCAAAGGGAGCCUUCAGAAGUGGCUAUAUUCUGGCACUUGUUUUCUGGAUUUCCUGCAGAGAUUAAACAUAAUGAUCGAUAUUGCAUUAGCAGUCGAAUAUCUUCAUCAUGGCCUUUCAACGCCCAUUAUUCAUUGUGAUCUGAAGCCGAGCAACGUCCUGCUAGACGAAGAUAUGGUUGCCCACGUGAGUGACUUUGGUACCGGCAAACUUCUGGGCAAAGGAGAAUACAUGGCACUAACCAAGACCCUGGCUACGGUUGGAUACAUGGCACCGGAGUAUGGAACGGAAGGAAUGGUAUCCACAAGCGGUGAUGUCUACAGCUAUGGAGUCAUGUUGAUGGAAGUAUUCACAAGGAAGAAGCCCACGGAUGAAAUGUUUGCUGAAGAAAUGAGUCUCAAGUCUUGGGUGAAUCAAUCGCUGAAUGGGGGCUCAAUGCUUGAAGCCAUGGAUGCCAGUUUGAUUGAACAAGAAGAUCCACAUUUGUCUGCAAAGGAGCUUUGCGUGUCAUCUGUCAUGCAAUUGGCCAUGGAUUGUGUGAAGGAUCUGCCCAGGGAGAGGAUCAACAUGAAGGACGUUGUGGCUACACUUCACAAAAUCAGACUCGGCUUUCUCUCAAAUGUUAGAGAAGGCAACACUCUUUGAGGAGUGAGACCAAACAAAUGCAAUUAAGUAUGGCGAGCAAAUUAAAUAAUGUAA